AUGAAGAUAACCUUCACACUAGUUGAUCAAGAUUUGGAUCCGGCAGCCCGACAGAACAUUGACUAUGUGAUCAAACCAAAUCCAAAUCAAGAUAACAAAGCGUUUUUGGGAAGACCGAGGGCAGAACGAAACCCUUGCUUUGGUGCACCCAAGUUUGUUUCACUUGACACCCUUGGCACCAACGAUUACCUCGCCAAUGAUUCAUUAUUUAUCAAAAUUUCUAUAUGUCUUGAUGAAUUAUCUGCAAUUUAA